AUGCCGACUACGGUGGAAUGGCUCAAACUACACAUCAUGCAAAUACGACAACUACAACAGAGCGAUGGCUACCACGAAGACGAGGACGUUUUCAUCUACCUGGGCGACUAUCUCGAUGGAAACCUGACUGCCAAUGAGACAGCAGUCUUAAUAGCCGCACCUGUGCUGGACGACAACAACCAACCCACCAAACUGUAUCGCCUCAUGGGGUUGCUGUGCGAAGCCCUGGUAGAGUUGAGCGAUGAGCGCGAGAAGCUGCUAGAUCUUCUCGAAUCCAUUCAGGAACUGCCGCCUGGCGCAAUCAACUGGGAAGUUCUCCCGGGACUUCGGAGCAUGUGGAGUGACUUGUAUCGGUCUCAUAUGCGUGGCUUGAACGGCUGGGAGAUAAUAGGAGAGCCAAUACCUGAAGACAAGCAAGCCAAAGUACGUCAACAUUAUACCUCGAUUGGUACAGUGGAAGCCAAACUGUACGUUCGAGGUCUUGGUGGCGUAACGGAGAAUUGGGGCUACGAGCUCUUGAACCUGGCUUGCUUGAGGCGUCCGGGGCUAGAGGUUGUCGUGGGCGAGAUACAUGCUUGGCUUACCGUGGCCGGAACAAAGCUGUUGAAGGAUUUGAAUCCAGAUGAGGUGAGAAACUGGUCAAGGCCUGUGCUCGGUGGGCAACCCGGACAGCAGCAUGCUGUUCAAGGCACCAUGGCACAACACUGGGAUACUUGGCGACGCACGCUGUUGCAAGUCAGUGAAGAGCGGGAUCUUCUAUCAGCUGACGCGAGAAAACUUGCAAGAGAGUGUCAUUUUUUGAUGCAAGGGCAUCAUCUAUAG